CCGUUGGAUCGAGGGCUAUAUAUAAAAAAGGCAAUCUCUCCCGCUUACGUCGGCACACGUCACGCAGGGACGCGACGCGACGCAAAGGGGGAAGGCGGCGGCGGGAGGGGAGGGGAGGGAUAAAAAUCCCGUCGCGGCGGCGGCUUCUGCCCCCCCACGCGAAGCUUUUUCGUCUCCGCAUCCCCCCUCCCUUCGCCUCGCGGGGCGGGGGCAGGAGGAGGAGGCCCAACGGCGAACGGGCGGAGGAGGGAGGUGAGGGCGGGGGCUGAUGGACGGCGGCGGCGGCGGGGGAUCGAAGAGGAGGGGGGCGGGUGCGGUGGGUGGGCCGGCGACGGGGCUUCUGAAGCAGAACUCGUGGUCGCCGGACAUCGAGAGGGACGAGGCGUGGGAGCGGCGGAGGGGGAUGCACAAGGGAUCGUCGGCGCUGCGGCGGGUGCGGAGCGUCACGGACGACGACCUCGACGAGCUGCGCGGGUGCAUGGAUCUCGGGUUCGGGUUCGAGGCGGCCGGGUGCCCGCUGUGCGGCGCCGGGAGGAGCCGCCUGGUGGAGACGCUCCCCGCGCUUGACCUCUACUACGCCGUGCAUGGCGGCGGCGGCGUGGGAGAGGGUUGCGCCGCCGCGAGCCCGUGCUCGUGCGGCGCCACCUCGUCGGAGGCGUCGGAGGAGUCGCCGCUCGGGAGUCCCAUGUCCAUACUCUCUCCAGGCGACCCGCCGGAGACGGUGAAGAUGAGGCUGAAACAGUGGGCGCAGGUGGUGGCGUUAUCCGUGCGCAACCGUUGCUGAACUCGUCGGCGACGCCAUUUCCUCUCUGCAGUCGCAGCAUCUAGAGAAGGAAUACGAGCUGGAGAAGAAAAGAAUAUCCUUCCCUCAACGCGUCGGAUGCUGAAAAGGAAGAGAAGGAAUUUAGGGUUUGGUGGGCCGCCGCCUUCCACCCUCCGUCCGGCUCUCCUCCCAUUAUCUUGAACAGUUGAAUUAACAUUGUCAGCCAUGACAAUAUCAUUCAGCCAUAAUUUUACUUUACUCUAGCCAGUUUCUUGCUUAUUCCCCUAAAUCAGAUCUUAUCAUCAUCAAUGUAAAUCCAUGAGGCAGACUAAUUUUUCUUUCCCAAAUGAGUGUUGCUCUCGCUGGUUCCUCUGAAUUCGACAAA